AUGGACAUAAGCGAGCAAGAAGUUUACAUAACUUUCACGACAGUUUAUGAAUUCAUCCGUUCCGUGAACACAACUGAUAGAUAUACAGAGAAUGAAGCAACUUGGAAUUUGAUUUCUGAAUAUUUGACAAGAAAUAAAUCACUGUUACUUCAAUUGUCUUAUUUUACAACAGUUUCGGAUGAGACAGAGUUAACAAAGAAGUUUAAACUAAGGGGCGCUACCUAUGAUGUCUCUAAAGAAGAUAUUGAUGAAGCGAAAAUAUUGGCAUCUGAAUUGUCAGUUAAUCCUACGGAAUGUCUUAGGGUAAUUGCAAAUUGCAACAAAAGAGUACACCUUCAAGAAGGGCGGCAUUCUUUUUAUGCCCAGCAGAUCUUACAUGAAAGAAAUGCGGUUUUAGAUACCAUUGUGAUGCUUAUCAACAGCGAAAGUUUUCCUCAACUAAGCGAGCAAUACCUUCCACUAUUCAUGAGUGAAAAAGAAGCGAUGAUUAAAGAUUUGAUAUUUCUGUUUUCGAAAAUUUCUAUGAAUCUCGCAUCAGCUGAAUUGUCAUUUAACGAUGACAAUUUUUCUCGUACCAAAUUUUCUCAUGACAUUAAUUAUCUGAUGAGUAUUCUGACUCUACUUUCUAUUCGAUGUUUAAAUUCUGAUAUUCCAUGCUCUGCGAUAGAAGAAUGGUUUAAACUACUUGCUAAGAUGAAUUUUAUGAAUGUAGUAAUAGAAAAUGAUGAGAUUCCACGAGAAACAGCUUUAAAACUGCAUUCAUUGACAACCAUAGUUACUAUUUUAAUGCUUGGAUUGGAUACGGCAAAUAAUACAAUAAAUUUCAACGCUCCCUUUUUUACAGACGAAUCAGUCUUUAAACUAAUCAAUAAAAUUCUUCUGCAGAAUCCAACGAACCCUAUCAUACUGUAUUAUUGGUCAUUUAUCUUAUCAUUAAAAGCUUAUAUGUUAGAACAAUCACCUGAGACACAUGUUGAAUUUGUUAAAAAUGUAUUUGGGGCUACCCCAAUAUCUGAGUUAAUUGAUAUCUACACUUCUGCCGCAGAAAAAUUGCAUGUUUUGAAAUGUUUAAGGGACCUUCAUAAGGCACUUUCGGAUGAAGAAAUAUAUUCAGCCAUUUUGUCCUCUUACUUAAUAUUAUCUCUCAAUUUCAUACCGCUUAAUGAAGAAACUUCAUAUGCAAUUAAAACCAUUCUAAUUGGAACGCCUAGAGAGUUAGUCGAGAAUUUUCUAACUAGUGAUGAGUUUGAAAAAAAGUUGACGGUAUUGAGGGAUAAAUUACCCCUUAUUCAUGAGGCUCUAAUCCCUAUGAUCCAUUUAACUUCUGUACACCCGGAAUUUGCUCAUUUUGAAUGGAAGGAAUUAUCUACAUAUGCACAAAGGUUAAAGCUAAACGAUAUAGAUUAUGAUCUUGCCGUUGAUGAGGAAAACAGGAUAGAAUCCAAUGAACUAAUUGUAUUAAAAGAUGGUAUUUUGGUUAAGCCUCCGAUGGAGUUUGAGCAGAAUGUUCUUAUGCCGAUUCCAAAAAAUACAAAAGGUCAAAUUAUCCCAGCUGUGUCUGGCGACGAAGAUAUGGUUAUAUUUCUAUACAGAUAUAAUGGUUGGUCAUUACUAGGCAGGGUGCUACAAAAUAUCUGCGACACCUAUUGGGACAAUUCUUCCCUUGCAGAAAAAAGCCUGAAGCAGCAUUUACUUGUGUCGAUAAUAGAUUUAAUUUCCUCUAUAGUGGAUCCAGAGACACCCAUUGAACGCUCUACUGAAAUCUUACAGCAUUGUUCAGUUCAUGUUAGAGAGGAAGAUGUUAUUUCUUUGAUCUUUAAAACCUGUGAGCAAUCGUUACACUCCAGAGAUAUGAUCGUGCUUGCACCUUGUUUGAAACUCAUGACUUCUUUGGUUGCUAAUUUCCCUCAUAUUUUAUGGUCUUACCUUUCUCGGUCAGAUUUGAUUGAUCGUCACGGAAAAGCUGGAAUGGCAGCAAUUUUGCUGGGAACUCUGGAAUUACCAAAUGGUGAAUAUGACUUCACGAUCAGCCUGAUUCAAUUAGCCGACCAGUUAGUGACAGAAUCACUACACUUUGAGGCCACAUUUCCUGAUCGAAUGAAAAUUGGCCUUUUGGGAAGGAUAACUAGACAUUUAAUUCAUGUCUACGAAAGUUACCAGUAUUGGAAGUAUGUGAAUAUUACCCAAAGAAUUGAAAUUGGAUCAUCAUUGACUUCCUUAUUUACAAAAAUAAUUUACAGUGUUCAUGGGAUUGACGCAAACUCCAAACCAAGUGAAAAGGUUACUAAAGUACUUGAAGACGCAGCUGGGGCAAUAAUAUCAGUCUUUCUUGGGUCGGAAUCUCCUGAUAUCCGAGCUGUUACUGCUCUAAUCAAUGUAUUAACCUCUCCAACAUCUUCAGAGUCAAUUGCAGUUAAUAAUGGUAUACAUGGUAAUGAGUACAAUUAUCAAUUGCAUAAGACUUUUGAAUUCGUGAAUAUGUUAAUAUCUGUUAGAGAUUUGCUACAACUGCCACCUUCUACCCUUGAGAAAAAUAUUUACUUAAGAGCACGAGAUUUCGUCAAUAUUUACAUUUUCGAGCAAAGCUUGAAAGUACAGGUGAUUAAACUGUUUACAUACCUUGUUCGUGCACCUUGGGAUAUUGAACGGCCAUCCAUUUUGGCCCAUUUAGGACAAUCCCAUUCGCAACAAUUACUAGAAUUAUUGACGUUUGAUUUAGAAACACCUAUCCAAGAUCAUAGAGUACUGAAGACUUUAUAUGGAUUUUUUUCUUCCGUUAUGGAAGGUAGACAAGAUGGUCUCUCUAUAUUAUUUCUAACAGGCGAAGCGAUUUCCUUUGAUAAGAACAAAAAUUCCUCGAACUCUACAGAGCAUAAAUCAAUCUUAAAUAUUUUGAGGGCAAAUGCACUAAAGUUGGAUCAGUUACCCGAAGAAGUUGGCUCACACUUAUUAGAUGCUAUAUCUUACGCAUUCAACUCAUGGACACCCGCAAGAAAUAAUGAGACGGAUAAAGAUUUUAUUACUGCGUUAGUAAAACGUUUAGAAGCUUUCCAACCAGGCUCUGACGAAGAAAUUCAGACAGUUGAACAAACUGCAACAAUGGCAAAUAAGUAUAAGUUAAUUUCAAGGAUUGCUGAAAUAUGUGCAUUAUACUUAUUCACAUCAACUGGACCAUGCUCUCCAAUAUUUGACUUACUCAAUCGGACGGACUUGGCUAAGAUUGUUAAUCCGCUGUUUCAAAUUGAUGGUUACAAUAAAGAUUUGCAUCGGGAUAUUGCAGUUAACUUUGAAGAGAAAUGGAAAGGUUUGCAACUAUCAAAAUUCAGGUUGUCGUCUCUUUUCCGGGUUAGUAAGUCCUUCCAAAAUAGUAUAUAUGAUAUCCCGUUAAUGGAUCAAUAUUUCAGUGGUGAUGAAGAUUGGUUUGGAUCGAAAAACUCACCUGGGUUUAGAAAUCAGGUAGUUGAGGCAUCAAUUAACUUACAAUAUGUCACUUAUCAAGUAUCUGCAGCUAAGUCCUGGGGAGCGUUGUUAACCUCAUUUGUGAAGAAAACGCCUGUUUCACUACAGGACACAUUUAUCGACGUAGUGAUUCACCUGUUGGACAUCAAUAUUGAGCGUUGUAUAGAUUGUCAGGUUUUUGGUGAAGUCUACCUGGAAAGGAUUGAACUUUGUUUCUACAUGUUAUAUUCUUUUAUGAAAACGGCGAAAGAGGUCCCAGAAAAUAAGUUAAUGGACAUUACAUUGAAACUAAUCCAUAUUCUGAAGUCCCCGGAAGUGGAGUUUCUAGAAAAUAUUGCACAUUCAAGAAAAAGCGCAUACUAUAGGCCAUUAUUGCGUUCUGUACUAAUUACUUUGUCAUUGGUUAAAUCCGAAAAACAUUUUAUUGAAUCAGUUUCAAAUGAACUACUAGGGUUUUUUGAAAUUAUUUUCUGCAAAAGUGUUAAUUUAAUUCUCUCAGAAAUAUUGUCAGAGAUUAACUCUACUUCCACUUGUGGUAAUAACGUAACAGUCACUAAAAUAACAGACAAAAUCCAAGAUUUAUUGCUUCUACUAUCUCUCUUUACCAGUAUUAAGAAGUUGAAACCAUCAUCCAAUUUUAUGCAAAUAUUGGCUUCAUCUUUGAAUGAAAUGGAUACAUUAAAGUCCAUUUUAAACUUGUAUUCCAGUUCCCAUCUAUUCAGGAUUAACCAUGAACCCAUAAUCGCAGAUGUUACAUUAACAUUACUAUGUGAACUAUGUUCAGUUGACGAAGUUGCUGAAAAAUUGAUAAUUAAUGGUCUAUUUUCUGUUCUUCUGGAAAGUCCAAUUUCUAUCAUGAUUCAACAAGGCAGAUUAAAACCAGAAACACAACCACGGAUCCAUAGUAUCUGGAGCAAUGGUUUGCUAUCAAUUAUUCUUCAGCUGAUAAGUCAAUUUGGUCCUAAAAUGCUUCCUGAGUGCUGCCUAUUUGUUUCCUACUUUCACAAGCAGAUAAGUACAGCUAUAUUCAGUUGGUCAGAUAAUUCGUUGGCAAUUUCAGCUGCAUUAAUUCAAGAGACUUCUCAAAUCAUCAUGUUACAGAAAAUGUUUAGCCACCUGGAUUACCAGAAGUAUUUGAGCAAUCCUAACGCUAAAAUGAAGGUUGUUGAUGACACUGAAGUUAUUGAAUUAAUACCUGGAUUGGAUAAUGACAUAGAGAAACGAGAAUUAUACCGUUCAUUUACACAUUUGUUAACUCAUCCGAAGUACUUGAACUCUAGGAUAGUUCCCACCACUUUGGAGGAACAGCGACUGUUGGAAGAUGACGAAACAAGGGCUAUUUUCGUGAAACGUACAACGGAGGAAAUCAAGAAAUUACAGGAAUCACUAUUCACAGUAUUCUGA